AUGAUUGAACUAAGCGACACUGAAAAAAGUGCGCUCUCCAAACUGGAGACACAAUGGAUGCAACACUAUAUGCCCAGCAAGCAUAUGCCGGAGUCGAAUCCCUGCCCAUUACCGGUUCCCAAGCGAAAGCCGCGACGGCCUACCGUAAGACCGAGAGCAAAGGCAGCCGGUAAAGCAAAGCCAGAUGCACAGUCUGUGGAUCCCCACACUUUGGAUGACCACGUCAAUAUAGUGUAUCGCAUUUGCAUUCCUCCACUGAAGCCCCAUUGGCAGUGCCGCAGCUUCGAUCUCUGUAUGCCUGCAUAUGUAUGCAAGGACAAUUUAAUUGAGCAGCUAAUAACCUGGCAGCUGCUGGACCGCAUUAUGGAGCUGCCGCAGGAAGAGGCCACGGCGAUGUUUCAGAAGUAUGUGAAAAAAUUGCUGCAGAUGCAAGUUGAUUAA